AUAAAAAGAAUAAUGAUUAUUUUACAAAAUAGCAGUUGAGUUUUGGAUCAGUUUCAUUCGUUGGUUGGACUUCCUUGGAAUCCAUUUUUGUCCGCUUCCAAAACCCUAUAAUCCCAAAUUCUGGUUCCUCCUCCGAUCCGAUCCGAUCAGAUCAGAUUAGAUCCGAUCAAUUUAUUGGAUUGAUUGCCUUCGACCAUGCAAUUUGUUGGCUACUGGACUUAAUGCUCCAAUUUCAUUCAGGUGCUAAUUCUGCAGGCCCGUUGUGAGAGGAUGGACGAAUCUAGUUGCAAGAGGGUCAACGGUGGUUGCGGGAGCAGCAGCAGCAGCAGCAGGAGCAUGGAGGCGGGCAGUGAGAGCGAGGACUACGAGAUAUGGGAGUGCGUGAUACCGUACGUGGUGGAGCCCAGGGAUCGAGCCGCCGUAUCGCUGGUGUGCAAGCGAUGGUGCCAGAUCGACGCGCUCACGCGCAAGCAUGUGACGAUUGCGCUCUGCUACAGCGCCACCCCGCAGCGGCUGUGGCGACGCUUCCCUCAGCUGGAGUCGCUGAAGCUUAAGGGCAAGCCACGCGCCGCCAUGUUCAACCUUAUUGCGGAGGACUGGGGCGGGUAUGUGACGCCUUGGGUGGAGGAAGUGAUAAGGUCUUUCAAGAAAAUGAAGGCGCUCCAUUUCCGGCGUAUGAUUGUGAAGGAUUCGGAUCUGGAGCUGCUGGCCAAGUCCGCUGCAGGGAGUGUGUUUGAAGUGUUGAAGCUGGACAAGUGUUCGGGUUUCUCUACGGACGGGCUGUUGCACGUUGGACGCUUCUGCAGGAAGCUGAGGACAUUAGAUAUUGAAGAAAGCUUGAUAACUGAGAACGAUGGAGAAUGGCUGCAUCAGCUUGCUUUGAACAAUACAGUACUUGAAAACUUGAACUUUUACACGACUGAUCUCUCAACAGUUACAUGGAAUGACAUUGAAUUGAUAGCUAGAAGAUGCCCAUCUUUGAAAUCCGUGAAAAUUAGUGAUUGUGACAUUUCAGAUAUUAUUGGAUUCUUUGGAGCUGCCACUUCUUUGGAAGAGUUUGGUGGUGGCUCAUUUAGUGAGAAUCUAUUCGAUGAGCAGAAGUAUGCUUCCGUCGAAUUUCCACCCAGAUUGUGUAGAUUGGGUAUCACAUAUUUGGGGAAUGCUGAAGUGCCCAUUCUUCAUCCCAUUGCUUCGAGGCUUCAACAGUUGGAUCUCCUUUAUGCUAUGCUUGACACUGAAGGCCAUUGUCAGUUGCUACAACGAUGCCAAAACUUGGAGUUCCUUGAGGUAAGGAAUGUUAUUGGGGAUAGGGGACUGGAGGUAGUUGCCCGCUGCUGUAAGAAAAUGAAAAGACUUAGGGUAGAGCGUGCAGCUGACGACCAGGACAUAGAAGAUGUCGAAGGUGUGGUCACCCACAGAGGGUUAAUUUCUUUGGCACUAGGAUGUGUAGAACUGGAAUACUUGGUAGUUUAUGUGUCGGAUAUCACAAACGCAGCCUUGGAGUGUAUUGGUAGAUAUUCGAAAAAUCUACACGACUUCCGUUUGGUUUUACUUGACAGGAUGGCAGCAAUCACAGAUUUGCCUCUGGACAAUGGAGUUCGAUCGUUGUUGAUAGGGUGUGACAAGCUGAAGAGGUUUGCAUUGUAUCUGCGGCCAGGAGGGCUGACGGAUGUGGGCCUGAACUACAUAGGACAGUACAGCCCCAGAAUACAAUGGAUGCUUCUGGGGUAUAUCGGGGAGUCCGAUAGGGGUCUGAUUGAUUUCUCCAGAGGCUGCCCCGCCCUCCGGAAGCUGGAAAUGAGGGGGUGCUGUUUCAGCGAGCAUGCUCUGGCAACUGCUGCUCGGAACCUGACUGGUCUGAGGUACCUGUGGGUGCAAGGGUACCGGUCGUCCGGGAACCUGCGAGACCUGAUGCCCAUGGUGAGGCCAAACUGGAACGUCGAGCUGAUACCUGCUCGGCAGUACCUUGUUCAGGAUGAGGGCAGACAAAUGGUGAUACCGGUGGAGGAUCCCGCCCACAUACUGGCGUACUAUUCAUUUGCCGGACAACGGACUGACUAUCCGCCUAGCGUCGUGCCCCUUAACAUGAAUGACUUACAAGAUUCGUGAGUUGAUGAUAUGUAAGCACUUGCACUUGUCUUCGUCCUUCCUAGUUUGACACUUUUCCUUCCGCAGCAGCCUCCUUUAUGGUUUGGUAUCAGACAUCAUCAUCUAUAAAUGAAUGUGAACGAGAUUGAUCCC